AUGGAGGCUGCUGAUCCAAGCGGAGGCUCGAAUCUAUCUCAUUCGGGGUCCGCCAUUCCUAUCGACGACCUUCGCCUCAACACCGGCAGUUUAUCUGCCCCUCCCGCAGACACACAUGGCACUUCUAAUGAGAGCCAGCUUCCACUGUCUCGUGUGCAACUGAACCCCAACAACGGACCUCAAGCGGGUUCGUUCCAUGACACUCUUCCUCACGGUCAUACUUCACCUCAACCUAUCGAUGCCGACCUCCUGGAUGCUACGCCGGAGUUAUCCGAUUCUACGCAAAAUGCGCUCGCAAUGUCCGAUUCAAGCCAUCAAGACUCGCACAACGAUAGUGGUCCAGAUUUCCAAUCCUCCGGCGCGCCGUCGGGCGUGAGUCUUGUCCCACGCUCCACGAUUACAAUGCCUCAUGAAAAUGAAGACUCGACAAUUACAGUUGCCAGCCAAGUCGAUGUGCAAGCUAGUCCCAACCCCCCAUCAGCACACUCCGUUACUCAGAGUGCAGCGUAUGACCAGAAGAAGCAGUAUGUCCUUCCCAACGGCUCUCUUGUUUCUGGGAAGGGUCUUGGCCGAGGCAGACCCGGUAUCAAACGGGGACCUAGGUCUACGAAGCGUACGACUUCGGAUGAUGUCUCAUCGCAGUCAGCCUUGGUGGGUGGGACGAGCACAUCUUCCGAGGCUACGAAACCUCCGACCAAGAGGCGCAAGAGUGGCAAUUUUGACAGCCCCCUGACCCAUGCGCAGGCAUCAACAACCGCUACGACACCGUCGCGAGUGUCAUCGGAAGAAUACAAUCCCACUACUACACAAACCCGUUCGGGUCGACACACCCAGAGGCCGAUCCCUCUCGCGAGCGAAAUGGCCGCAAGUGCUAGCCCUUCGAGAAGGCCGACUCGCCCCGACACAUCCACCUCCGCAUCGCCCGCCACGGUCAAGGCUCACCCCAAGAUCAAGCGUCGAGUUUAUCGUGGGCGCGAGCAAUUUGCUCUUUGCGAGCAUUGUCAACGCGGGCACGGCCCACCCAGUAAUGUGAUCGUCUUCUGCGACGCAUGCAACAAAUGCUGGCAUCAACGGUGUCAUGAUCCGAAUAUAUCAAAACAAACUAUCUCGGACACCAAGGCCGAAUGGUUUUGCGCCACGUGCGACCGAAUCUUGCAUGGUGCAAAGAAGGGAAGGAAACUACCGGUGAAGACAAACGUCCAGACCUUGCCUCCUGCACCUAUUACCACUCCACCUCUUUCGUACGACGGUCCGCGUGUGGGAGGCCGCUUGCUGGAUCCUGCACAGAAAUCGGCCUACCUUGGCACGCUUUCCAAGGAUGACUUGGUUUCACUUCUCCUAGAAGCUUCCAAUUUGGCCCCUGAUCUACCCCUUUUCAAGCGACUUGUUCCAGCUUCUCAGUUGGAGGACUUCCCGCAAGCUCAAUUCACGUCAACCUAUGUCACACCGGUCUCCAAGCCUCCAGCAUUUGCGGAUAAGGACACACGGAAUAACGUUGACGCAGUCGAUGAAGGCUAUGACGACAACUUCGACGAUCACGCUGCCUUAUACCCAAAACCUGGGAAUGGAGUCCAGCUACCUCCGGAUAGUGAAGACUUGCAUAUACUGCUCGAGGGCAAAGAUAGCAAGACAUUCAGCCAUUGGGUCCGAGGUAUGAAGGGAAAGGACUUUAGCGGAACAGGGAACAUUAUAUCGUGA